AUGCAAUUUUUAAGCAGAUCUACAGCACCAAAAUUGCCCCUAAAUUUAGAGUGUGUGCUCAAACAAAGCAAAUAAAUCAUCGAACUCUAAAUCUCUGCUCUUCACCCUGGUCCUGUCGUUCAACAGCAUAUAGACAUCUUUUUAAGUGAUGUCGAGAUGGUAGAAAAAGAUCAUAAGCGAUUCAACUCCCUAGAAGCCAUAGUCAAAUACUCCAUCGCGCAUGAAUACAUGAGAAUCUCAGGUAAGCUCCUCAAUCUCAGUCUUGAAAAAACCUAAGAUCUCUUAAAGUCACAUCAAAUAUUUGAUUUGUCUUGUGCUUACUUAUGGAUCACAGCAUCAGGACCAGAAGAGAGCAAAGAGCUAAUUUUCGAUUCCAAUUUGGAUAUGCAAGGCAUGCCACUCAUCAUGUAUUUAAAUUGUCUAAAUCAAUCCGAAUAAACCUGUUCUAUUGAACAAAUCAACAACCAUUUAAAAACCACAGACGACCCUGAAGUUAUCUAUCUACUCCUGAGAUUACUCAAGAAACAUUGCAAUCAAAAUCAAGCUGAUGUUGAAAAAGUUGUUCUAGCAAAUCUCGAGAAAAUGGAGACUUCAUUCCAAGCCAAGUAUUGCUUUUCAGAAUUCAUCAAUGAAUACUAUGAAAAAUACGAAGUUGGUGUAUCUUUUCUAGACUUGUUAUUGGCCAACAAAUUGGAAUAAUAUCUUCAAUCCCCAAGUCUAAUUUUCCCUUAUCAAUACCAAGAAGAAUAAAAGUAUCCCCUACUCUCAACUAGAGAGUCUAAAUACAUCUACAAGAUUGAUAACUGCGACAUGCAAUAGGAAAUUGAACUCUUAAAAUAAAAUGUAGGUCUGAUAAAGGAAGAGGAAUUUAUUGUGCAGGAUGAAACUCUUUAAGAGAAACAAUCUGAAUCGAGUAUAUUUGAGUUAAAAUAAAAAAUAAAUACUCUAAGCAGAAAAUUGACAGAGGCUGAGAAAAAGGUCUCAAUUUAUGAAGAAAAAAUAAGUAAAUUAGAAGAGGAUAAAGAAUUCCUAUUAUAAGAAUUAGAAGAAUCAAAACGUCAAGGGUAAAUUCAUUUUAAUGCAUUUCGAUCGGUAGUAAAUGAAAAAUUACAAUCAACUUAAUAAUAGCCAACCCAAUAGUAAUAAUAAUAGUAAAUAUCUAAAUAAUCAAUAUUUUUAAGCAAUAAAUAAAAUUUAUUUAAAAAUGCUAAAACAUCUACUUUAAAAGCCUCAGUAAAUUUUGCCAAUAUAUAACCAAAACAAUUACAAUUAUAAUAAAUUUAGGAAGAAUCACAAUUAAAAACUGAAGAUGAAUUAAAAAAUGAAAACGAAGUUUCAAAUUUUGAUAAAAAAAUUGAAGAGGUAACUUCAGAAAAAUGUUUGAAUUCUGAGAAAUCCAUUGAUAGUCCUUAAACUCCCCUUGAAGCAGUAACACCUCAUCAAUGCAGUCAAGCCAGUCUUUAUGCUAAUUCACUUGCUACUCCCUCUUCUCAAUCCCCUCCAAAUAAAAGUGGACCACCUCCACCUCCUCCCCCUCCUCCUCCUCCCUUUGGUAAAGCAGGAUUCCCACCUCCUCCACCUCCACCACCUGGAAGUGUAAAAAGUUCAAAGGAUUUAAAACCAAAAUUUGAGAUAAUACCGAUAGAUGUAGCAAUGAAGAAAGUUCAAACAUGGAAUCCAAUGCCUGUAAAUAAGGUUGAAGGAACAAUUUGGGAGACCUUUAAAUACGAUGAAAUGAAAUUUGAAGUAGGAGAAUUUGUAGAUAUAUUUGCUGCCAAAACUGCUAUUGAAUCCUCCGUGAUGCAAUCAGGUGUUUUUCAAUCUGUGUAUCUAAAAAGAGAACCUAUUACUAAAUUAUCAAAAGGCAGCGGACCAAAGGAUCCAAAUAGAGCUCAAGCCAUUUAAAUGGCUUUGAAGAGAGUGAGAUAUCCAGUAGAAGAAAUACUGUAAGCAAUUCGCAUAGUAGAUGAGGAAAAGUUGACAGAAGACAAAGUGACACUAUUGAUAGAUUGUUUGCCUAAGGAAAAUGAAAAGAAUUUGUGGAAGGAAGAAAAAACAUGGGAUUUUAAUGAAUUACAAUCAAGAAUAUCCGAUUACAGUGAUGCUGAUAAAUUUUGCAUGUUUGUAAUGGAAAUUAAGUGUUAUGAAGAGAGAUUGAUUAGUUUAAGUGCAAAGUACGAAUCAUUGAAGAACUAAGUGGUAAUAGAAGAAUUAUUGUUGAUGUUCGAUGCAGUGUUUGACUCUAUAAAGAAAGAUGAGGAAAUAUUGAUUGUUAUGAAAUACUUAUUUUAUUAUGGAUCAAUCUUAAAUGGAAGCAAUCAAGCUUAAGGAUUGAGAUUUGAUUGCAUUCCUAAGGUGACAUGUUACUCAGAUAAAUAGAAGUAAUUUGAUAUUUGGAUGUAUGUCAUAAAGAAAAUUGAAGAGUCAGGAUUUGUGAUUGAUUUGGAGGCUGACUUAACUAAAUUGGAUACAUUGUCGUAGGAGACGAGGAAGAUGGAUAAUUUGUUUGUGUUUUUGAAGCAAUUUGAAUAAAACAAGCAUCAAAUUGCCUUGGCUAGAGAUAGUGAUUAAGGAGGUGACGAUAGAGCAAAGGAAGUUUUUGGGCAACUUUAUAAUGAAAUCGAGUUAUUUGUGAUUGUCCAGAAGGCAAAUUUGAAGAGUUUGGAGAUCAAAUAUAAAGAAUUAUGCCAAAUGUUUGGAGAGUCUUCAACCAAGUCAACUGACUAAUUUAUUAAAACCAUUUAUGAAAUCAAAAGAAAGGUGAGAGAAAGGAAACGAAUUCUUUUGGAACAAGAAAACUAGAGAAAAAGAAGACAAGCUAUGGAAGAGAAAAAAAAGACAAUAAUUAAGAAAUGA